CGCUUACAUGCUCGCCCAUGACCCUUACAACACCAGAAUCUUCCCGUAGAGCUUCUGUCUGAGCUACGCUAGAACCCAAGGAGCGACACUGCUGCAAGCAUAUAAGCCACCUCUACCGCUCGCGAGACAACGACCUGCUCACCGGUUUGAACUCAACACGCCAAGAUGUCGUCCUCACUUUCCAAGCCGAGCACUUCGAAGCUCAAGAUGCAGCACACUGGUAGCUCCACUGGCGCGACUUCGUCGGCAACAGGUAAGAGGGGAAGCGGGCAAGUGUUCAGAUUCAGCAAGAGCGCCGAAGCAAAGAGAUUGCAAGGUCAGUCUGGAGCGCGUCAAAAGCUGCCGUCUUCGUUGCGUGCAGAUGCGCACACUAGGGAGGGCAAAGGAGACGCAAAAGCAAAGGGUGCGAAUGCCGCAGUCCGCGCCAAGGGCGCUGCAGCUGGUAAAAAUGCAAGCAAGGAAAGACCUUCCAGGCUCAGCAAAUUCGACUCGGAUUCAGAAAAUGACGACGCGCGAGAUGCAGCCAGCGACAAUGACGGUUCGGACGAAUUUGCGAGCGACGACGAGGAGCAGCAAAGUACAGCGGCAGCGACUGAAGCGAGUCAAGGCAAGAGCGCAAAGACGGCCAAAAGAAAGCGACGAGCGGUCUCUCCCGAGACGUUCGGGCAGACACUGUUGGGACUCAUUGGUCAAUCAGCGCAGGCAGACCAGGACACGAUCGACGAGCACAAGGCGGAAUCCGGAAAUGACAAAGACGAGCAAGAUCAGCCGUCGAAGAAAGCGCGCACUUCCGCCUCGUCCGGUGCAGGUCCGAUGCUCUCCCUCGCACCACAGCUCCGUCGAGCUGUAGCUUCUUCUCGUCUAUCAGCCAAAGCGGCCCGCGUCAUGCUUCAAGCUCGCAAAGAGAGGCAGGAGCGUGCGCGGGUAAAGGAUGUGAUCAGUGGGUGGGGCGCCCCUGGUCUGCCACCUGGAGUCACGCCGGACUUGGGUAGCCAAAAGGAGAUGGCCGAGGCUUGGAUCAAGGACGGUGGAGCGGCGGGAAGAGAGCGCAAGCUUCGAAAGGUCGCUCAGAGAGGAGUUGUCAAGCUGUUCAACGCGAUUCGAGCAGCCCAAUCCGCAUCCGUAGAAGACCUGUCUCGCUCGGUGCAGCCUCGCGGUGUGGCGCCUUCUCCUUCUCCAUCCGCGUCAGAGGCGCAAGAGAGAAGGAAUUCAGGCAAGAGGCAUCAGGGUCGGGAGCCAGAGCAAUGGCAGAGCAAAGGUCAGCAAGUUGCUCAGCUGAGCAAGAACAACUUUUUGGACUUGAUCAGAGCGGGAAAGACCUCCAAGGUCUGAACAGCCCACCAUGAGCACGACCGCGACAGCAUGCCGCAGGAGAUACACGCACAGAUUCACCCCAGUGUACAUUACAUCCAUGCAUUUGGUCUACUUGCAAAGCGGUGGCUCAUCGAUCCGUGCCAUCUUCGGCUUUCCAGCCUGCAAAUGUAGCCCAAUCAAAAGGUGCGUUUGGAUUGGUGCUCCGAGCUAAGCUCUCAUCGUCUCCGCCAAAGAUGGCAAGCAUAUCGCUCCAAGACUGCACUCCCGAAGCGCCAUUACCUUCCGCGUUGGCUUGCUGAUGUCGGCCCGUCAAUGCGCUCGAAGCAGCUCGUGAGUUUGCCG